GAGUGGGAUUACCAUGACCCAGUGUAAGGGUGAAAAUACCAUCUGAAGCUCGCUCCGACAUGUCAUAUUUCGCCGAGUUGCUGAACUACACUCUUGAUCCAGAUGUAGUGGCAAAAUUUCAGCAAGCUUGUGGAUUAAAAGUGGUCACGGAAAGCGAAUAUUUGGAAAAUUCAUGUAGUGAACGUGUGACUGUAUCCGAAGACGUUACUCAUCAGUGCAGCAAUGGUCAUGUUUUGAAUGACUAUUCAAACGGGAAGGCAACUCCUGUUUCUAAUGGGGAAAUACACAACUCAUAUUAUCAGUGUACAAAGUCUGUUCAAUUGGAUAGCGAACAUCUACAAAAUAUGGCCAACACUGAGACGGAGGUAACACGCUUGAAACACAGAAACGGCUUUGUGCAACACGAAAAUGGGUCGGUCAUAACUUCGCCACUGGACGUUCGCGAUUCUUUGCCGGCGAAAGUCAAGGCAGCUAGAAAAGCGUGUAUCAUCCGUACCGGAACAAUCCCCUACCGGGUCGAAAACAAUUUUUUAUAUUACGUAUUCUCGUUCGGUGCUGGACUGGGGAAUGGGAUAUUUUAUAUCCUAUUUUAUUCCUUUUCGUACUGGAAUAUUGACGCUGUUAUUACGCGUAAAAUCUGCUUGCUGUGGGCAAUAUGCAUGUACUUUGGACAAGCAACUAAAGACAUCUUACGUGUUCCACGCCCAAAAUCACCGCCGGUUGUACGACUGGAGACUAGAUAUGAAUUAGAAUAUGGGAUGCCGUCGACACAUGCUAUCUGUGGGACAGCAAUUCCCUUCUCACUAUUAAUAUUUACAGUUGAGAGAUACCAAGAGUACCCGCUUGUGCUGGGAGUCGUCGUAGCAUGCACCUGGUGUCUUCUCGUCUGUCUCAGUCGCAUCUAUCUUGGCAUGCACAACAUUCUGGACGUGCUGGUUGGCGUGGUGUUUGCAGUGGUGAUGAUGUUCCUCAUCAUGCCGUACCUCGACGUGAUGGACCGCUUCCUGCUGACGAACCCGAUGGCUCCGUUCUUCAUCCUGUCUGCACCGGUCAUCAUCACGUUCGUGUACCCGAAACUCGACACGUGGAGCACGGCACGUGGUGACACCACCGGCAUCGUCUCCAUCUGCGCUGGCUGCUACUUCGGCUCCUGGCUCAACUACGCACAGGGCUUCAUGUCGCCGUCCGACAUCCUACCCCCCUACCCGCUAACCUACCUGCAGGUGGAAGUCAUAGUGUAUUCAUUCAUCAGGCUGGUCGUCGGCUUGGUGCAAUCCGUGGCAGGCUUGUAUUUCCUCAAGUUCGUCACAUAUGCAGCGCUCUGCUACAUCUUUAAGCUGGAUUCGAAGGACCCGAAAACAAAGCAGAAGUUGAUCGUAGAACUGCCAUAUAAAUAUAUUACAAAUUUUGUCGUUUCGUUUAACACAGUGUACACCACACCUUUGACAUUCUGCUUGCUAGGUAUACAGCGGCUUUCGUACUAUUCCGAAAUUUAAUGUUGUCUUUAGGCCAGGUAGAUGUUUACAUGACCUAUAGAGGUUGCAGGCACAAAUAGUGCAAACAUAUUUAAACAGAAUUAGCACACAAAUUAUAGCAGUGCUAGUUUAAUUCGGAUAUGCCGGGAUAAUAAUAAAAAAAUAUAUAUGCAAAAUUAUUUUUAUUCAGAAGAUUAUACUCUGUUUUAAUGAGUGAAUUUUAUUUUAUUUUUAUUUUUUUGCCCCAUGUGUGUGAUUAAAUAUAUACAUGUAUAUAUAUUUUAUAUAUAACUAUAAGUUCAGGGGUUUCGGUGUGUCUUCUUUUUUCACAUUUGAAGCACCUGCACAGACAUAAUAAUUCUGCAUUUUGGUAGAUGAUUGUAAUAAACCAUUUGACAUUAAAUGUGUCAUUUUCUUGUAGCAUAUGAAGAGUUUAGGCGCAAAACGCGAUAUAUCCAUUUUUCAUUUUCAGUAAAAGUGAUUUUUUAAAUUGGCGUAUAUAGCUUUUUGAAAACAAAAAACGGGAUUUACCUAAUACAAUUUCAUAAGGAUCAAUCACGUUUUACUGCAAAACAGCGGGCCUACGAUUGGCUUUAACUAAAAACUAGAAAGAAAAUGGUUUAUAUCACGUUUCGCGCCUGAACUCUUCAUAUAUAAAUUUUAGAAGGCUUUAUUUAAUUCAUUUGCUCAAGAGAUGGGGUUUUUUCUUCUUCAUAACAUGUAUUUUGUUGAGUAUGUUUACUGGCCUGAACAAUUGUGGGUUCUUUGUCAUUAUUAUUCUCUGCUGACCGAAGGUCUGUUUCCACUCAAGCAUUUUCGGUUUCACUUUCAUGCGCCAUUGCAUUGAGAGUCCUGUCAUCUGUUUCUGUUAAGGGGAUUCGAAGGACCCGAAAACAAAUGGAUAGCACUCGCUGUCUGUUAAUCAUGAAUAUCUGACCUUAAAAGAAGACCUCCAUUGGCUAAAAAAAACCCAAGUACAUGUAUGCUGUGUGAAACUCAUCUUAAUGCAAUUUUUCACAUUCAAUGCAUUUCACGCUGCAUUAGCAAACUAUAGCAGCAACCUCACCAAUGCGUAUUUAUGCAUUUUCAAGUGCUUAAGUGGAAAUAGACCUUUAUAAACAUUAUUUUGUGACUUGUUCUUUCGCUUAUCCCUCCCUUUAUAGUUUUUGUACCAGGAUGUAAACAAAUUAUUUGUUCAUACAUUCAUUCACUCAUUUAUUCAUUCAUUACUUCGUUCAUUCAAUCAUUCAUUCUAUUUAUGUACUGUCUUUAAUUGCUAAUUAGUUUCAUCUUCAAUGCCUGAAGGAUAAAUUACUGUUCGAAUGAUGGCGUCUCUUCCACAUUGUAUGCACUGAAGAUAUAUUUGAAACAAUAGGGUCAUGAUAUAGCCCGUUGUUUGAAUAAUACAGACGGUAUAUCCUGUUA